GCCAUAAUGCAAUACCACAUCUCCGUCCUGAAAUCUCUCGUGGUGGAUUCAUCUCCGAGCGCAGGACAGUCAUGGCUUUCCAGUGUCAGAGAGAUAGUUAUAUGAAAGAAUUCGCCACCUCUGUUGUGUCCUGUUCUGCAGCUGAGCUAAAGUUGGAGAGCAACGGGAAGAAAGAAAAAGUGAAGGGUUUCAAUGUGAUAUUAAAAGAUACUAUUCUUUUCCCUGAAGGAGGGGGGCAGUCUGAUGACCAUGGGACAAUUGAAAAUAUUCCGGUUCUGCGAGUCACAAGGCAAGGACCAGAAGCAGUGCACUUUGUCAGCUCUCCUCUGAAGGAAGGACAGGAGGUCCAGUUGAAGUUGGACUGGGAACGGAGGUUUGACCACAUGCAGCAGCAUUCAGGACAACAUCUGAUAACUGCCUUGGCAGAUACAAUGUUUGGAUACAAAACAACCUCAUGGGAGUUGGGGCGGCAGCGCAGCAGUAUUGAGCUGGACACAGUCACUGUGAAGGCGGGAGAGAUGGAGGCCUUGGAGGCUGCAGUCAAUGAAAAUAUCCGUGCACAUGUCCCAGUUAAUGUGCAGCUCCUCUCCCUAGAUGACCCUGCUGUGGAAAAGGUUAGAAGUAGAGGUCUCCCAGAUGACCAUGCCGGACCCAUCAGGAUAAUUGACAUUGAGGGCAUUGAUGCCAACAUGUGCUGUGGUACCCAUGUGUCCAAUCUCAGUCAUCUCCAGGUGAUUAAGAUUCUGGGGACGGAGAAGGGGAAGAAGAAUAAAACCAAUUUAAUUUUCAUAGCUGGAAACAGAGUACUGAAAUACGCAGAGAAGAGCUACAACACAGAGAAGUCUCUGACAGCCCUGCUAAAGACUGGGCCAGAUGAGCAUGCUGAUGCUGUGGAUAAACUGCAGAAAACGGUCAAGCGUCUUCAGAAGAGUAAUCUCACUCUCCUGCGAGACAUGGCUGUUCUCAUAGCACAGAACUUCAAGAACCAACCAGACAAAGACAACUUCUUCAGCUUGCACAACAAAGACGGUGACAACGAGUUCAUGAACAUCAUUGCCAAUGAGAUUGGAUGUCAAGACACAGUGGUUUUUCUAACGGUGGGAGAAGAGAAAGGACCAGGGCUUUUCCUGCUUGCAGGCCCUGAAAAUGUUGUAACUGAACUGGGGCCACGUGUGAUGGAGCUACUGCAGGGAAAAGGUGCAGGAAAGAAUGGGCGUUUUCAAGGCAAGGCCAACAGCCUGGCUCAGAGAGCGGAGGCCGAGGCUUUACUACGGGAGCACAGUCGCCGACGCAGCGCAGGAGAGGAGUGAGAGGGUUUCACCUUCAGUUAGUUCAGACUCUCACAUACUGGUGAAUAAUACAGUAAGCAAAUAAAGCCAUAGGCCCAAGCAAAGGAAUGCAUAAUACCACAAGUCAGUUCAAAUGGAAAAUAGUACUAAUUUAAGAUAAUGAUAAUUUAAUUGAAUAGAUUGUUGAAUGUUUGUUUUUUUUAAACUCUUCAUACUGUUAGUGAAUGCAAAGAAACGCAAAUGUCAUACUAGUCACUACCCAUGUACCCAGUCACAGCCAUUCUGUAACUGUGUAAGUAACUGCAAAUCUAAUUCUGUAUUCAGCGUCAAAAUGAGUAACAAACCUUAGUUAAAAAUAAAUAAAUUAUAGAUAAAUUAUU